ACGCUGGUGGGACGACAGUGGUGGUUCGGUUGGGUUGGGCUGCCCAUUUUUAGAGUUGCAUUUUUCUCCUGUGGCCUCGUCAGGCGCGCCUGUGUAAUGUGUAUGCGCUUGUCGUCCGCCGUCGCCACUCGCCACUGUUAGAGCGCGACCCGUCCGGUGCGGUAAAUACGAUGGUGAUAAAUGAAUACGGAAACCGAAUUAUCGAAUCGACCAUUUAUUUUGUUAAUUUAUAGUAUUUUUUUUUUAAUUUGUGUUUGUUAAUAUCAAUCAAAUUUAAAAACAAAAAACAGUUUCGCUUGCAAUGGAGUAUACGGGGUUAAUUCUAGUGGACACCGAAUCGUCGUCAGAUUAACGGGUGUCGCGUUCGGAACACGGAAAUGUGCUCGACUAGAAAAAAGAAUACGUCCACUGCCUCUUUCGCUUGUCAAGAGUAACACAAAGGUCGUCUAAAGCGAUUUUCACCCACCAGAGUUAACCGCCGUGGACGUUCAAAAAUUGUUUAACUAAACCCGUUAUAAAUAUAAAUCUACAGUAAUGGACGAGAGACUUGUAAUUACGUGGACGGUUGUGCUGCUGACUUUGGGCUUUUGCAGCGCCGAAGAAUUUCAACAACAGUUAAUCAGACAAAAUCCUUGUAUACUCAAACAGACUUGUCACGAAUGUAUACAAACCCCGACGUGCGCGUGGUGCGCUCAACCGAAAUUCGAUGGUAAGCGGUGUUUCCACAUCAACUCCAACGUUCUGCAAAAAUGUGAAGAGCGUUAUAUAAAUAACCCUGACAACGAAUUCAGUAUCGUUGAAGCGCGAAAACUUCAAAAAGCCAGUAGGACGAGUUCUUCAUUUUCUAGUAGCAGCAGCAGUUCUAGUGGUUCCUUUUCGAGUGCCGGAGGAGCAACUGGCAUUGGGCAUGACGCUGUCCAAAUAUCGCCACAAAAAGUAGCCCUUAAACUUAGAAUCAACGAAGCCUACAGGAUAUCGUUAAAUUACGCACAAGCUGAAGAUUAUCCAGUCGAUUUGUACUAUUUAAUGGAUUUGUCAAAAUCCAUGGAGGACGAUAAAGAAAAGUUGUCUAAACUAGGCAAUUUGUUGGCCGAGAGUAUGCAAAACAUUACAUCCAACUUUCGUCUCGGGUUUGGUAGUUUUGUUGACAAGGUAGUGAUGCCUUAUGUGAGCACUGUUGCUAAAAAACUUGAGUCUCCAUGCGAUUCCUGUGUUCGUACAUACGGUUAUCAAAAUCAGUUGUCAUUGAGCUCAGACACUGAUCGAUUCUCAGGUGAGGUUCAAAAAGCCAGUGUGUCGGGCAAUUUGGACGCUCCCGAAGGUGGCUUUGACGCCAUCAUGCAAGCAAUUGUAUGUAGAGAGCAAAUAGGCUGGAGAGAACGAGCACGCCGAUUGCUAGUAUUUUCAACAGAUGCUGGAUUCCAUUACGCUGGAGAUGGAAAACUUGGUGGAAUUGUAAAACCAAAUGAUGGACAAUGUCAUUUAGAUAGUAGAGGUAGUUACACACAUUCAAGUCUUUUAGAUUAUCCAUCAAUUUCACAGAUUAAUUUGAAAGUGCGACAAAACUCAAUCAAUAUGAUUUUUGCUGUGACUGCUGAGCAGAUAAGUGUUUAUGAACGCUUAAAACAACACAUCGAAGGAUCAUCUGCUGGUACUUUGUCAAACGAUUCAGCUAAUGUAGUCGAUUUAGUCAAAGAUCAGUAUAAUAAAAUAUCAUCAUCAGUCGAGAUGAGAGAUACAGCAUCAAGUGCCGUAAAAGUUACAUAUUAUUCCAGUUGUCUCGACAAAAGUGGUCAGUUGAAACAGACGAACAAAUGUGAUGGAUUAAAAGUUGGUACAGUAGUCAAAUUUCAAGCCGAAAUCGAAGUAACAGCGUGUCCGCCAAACCGCAAGCAUUGGCAUCAGACAUUCCAAAUAUAUCCUGUUGGUAUCAAUGAAUCUUUAACUGUAAAUGUAGAAAUGCAAUGUGAUUGUCCAUGUGAAAACCCUGGAAACUUUGGUUAUGUUGAAAAAUCGUUUGAAUGUCAUGGAGCAGGUACAUUAAAAUGUGGAGUUUGCGAAUGUGAUCCCUUUCAUUUUGGCCGUACCUGUGAAUGUGACGCAAACAACAAUCGACAUGGUAAUGAUACUUCUUUGGUAUCUGGCUGUCGUACAAAUAAUGAAACUGAAGUGAACUGUUCCGGUCGUGGCGAAUGCAAUUGCGGUCAAUGUGAUUGUCAACAAAGAAUAAAUCCAGAUGAGAAAGUUUAUGGUACUUACUGUGAAUGCGAUAACUUUUCGUGCGAUCGUUCUGGUGGCGCACUGUGUGGUGGUCACGGUAUUUGUGAUUGUGGCAACUGUAAGUGCAACAUUGGUUGGUCAGGAGAAUCUUGCGAUUGUCAUGCUACAAAUGAUACAUGUAUAAUGGAUGGUAGUAACGAAAUAUGCUCAGGACGUGGAGUAUGUGAAUGCGGCCAGUGUAAAUGUUUCGAAGAAGACAACAUUAGAUAUUCUGGAAAAUACUGUCAAAAAUGUCCAACAUGUCCAGGACGGUGUCAAGAAUUUAAAGAUUGCAUUCAAUGUUUGGUAUAUAAAACUGGUCCUUUAACUCCAGAGGAAUGUGCUCAGAACUGCACUAUUAAGCCAAUUCUUGUUAAAGUAGCUGAAGCUAGUGAGGAAAAAGAUGAAAAUGUCUGUGCUUAUUAUGACGAAGACGAUUGCCGUUUUGCUUAUGUAUACACGUAUGACCAAAGUGGAAAAGUAAUCAUACGAGCCCAAGAAGAAAGGGAGUGUCCACCUCAAGUGUACUUUAUGGGAAUAAUUAUGGGAGUUAUUGGUGCUAUAGUUUUGAUUGGUAUGGCUCUCUUGUUGCUGUGGAAGUUGCUGACCACCAUAAAUGAUAGACGAGAGUUUGCUAAAUUCGAGAAAGAACGUAUGAUAGCCAAAUGGGAUACUGCUGAAAAUCCAAUAUACAGACAAGCGACAUCAACGUUUAAAAAUCCAACGUAUAUGGGCAAAUCUUAAAAACCCAAUGUGUUCAAAACCUCAUUUAAUACUAACAAACACUUAAAAACACUACGAGUAUUUGACUCAGUAUAGAGCUUUUGUUAGGAAGUAGAACACGUGCCAUAGAUGUGUAAAAUUCAAAUUGUAGAAAAUUAACACUGUUUUUCAAAGUUGACACAAAAAUUGUAAAACUAACAAAUCGCAUCAAAAUUAAUUACCACAUUGUACUCGGAGUAUUGACAAUUUACGUUAUCUACGAAAUAAUGCGUCAACAUUAAAAACAAUCUUAACUUUAAAAAAAAAACUUCCUAAUAUUUAUUUUUGUUAAAUGUAUUUUAAUUAUUUCUCUGUAUAUUAUUUUUCUAU